ACAGUUCUUUUAGAAUUUUGGGUUUUAAAGCAAAUCAAAUAAUAAGAGGGAAAAGCGAACAGGCCGUAAAUCUGUUAUCUGCUGCUCCUGGUUACAAGCCUACAAGCCAAGUAUUUUCAGCAUAGAGAUCAGUUCCGAUUCGGAGGAUGGCGGUGGAUCUGCCGGCUGAGCCGUCGUCUGUGUCAUCAGAUCGGAUUCACGUCUUCUGGAACGAGGGCAUGCUCCGUCACGAGCCGGGGAUGGGCGUAUUCGACACCGGAGUGGAUCCUGGCUUUCUGGAGGUUCUGCAAAAGCACCCGGAAAAUUCGGAUCGGAUCAGGAACAUUCUAUCCAUCCUCAGAAAGGGACCAAUUUCUCCGUACAUUUCCUGGCACUCUGGCAGACACGCUUUACUCUCCGAGCUGCUCACAUUCCACUCUCAAGAAUAUGUAAAUGAACUAGUUGAAGCAGAUAGAAAUGGAGGGAAGGAGCUUUGUGCUGGGACUUUCAUGAAUCCCGGCUCGUGGGAUGCUGCUCUUCUAGCCACUGGAACUACAAUAUCAGCAAUGAAGCACAUUCUUAAUGGGUAUGGAAAAAUUGCUUACGCUUUGGUUCGGCCUCCUGGCCACCAUGCUCAGCCAACUCGGGCUGAUGGGUACUGCUUUCUGAAUAAUGCUAGUAUCGCCAUUCAAUUGGCUUUGGAUUCCAAAUGCAAUAAGGUUGUGGUCAUUGACAUUGAUGUUCAUUAUGGGAAUGGGACUGCUGAAGGGUUCUACCACUCUGAUAAAGUCCUUGCUAUUUCUCUUCACAUGAAUCAUGGUUCCUGGGGUCCCUCUCAUCCACAGAGCGGAACUGUUGAUGAACUUGGUGAUGGAGCUGGGUUUGGUUACAAUUUGAAUAUACCUCUUCCUAAUGGGACCGGAGACAAAGGAUACGAGUUUGCCAUGAGAGAGUUGGUUGUUCCGGCGGUGCAAAAGUUUCAACCUGAUAUGGUGGUUUUUGUUGUUGGCCAAGAUUCAAGUGCUUUUGAUCCAAAUGGAAGGCAGUGUUUGACGAUGGACGGCUAUCGAGAGAUUGGACGAAUAGUUCGCAGUCUGGCCGAUAAGUACAGCAACGGACGCCUACUUAUCGUACAAGAAGGCGGAUAUCACAUUACAUAUUCAGCAUAUUGCCUUCAUGCAACACUUGAAGGCGUGCUCAACCUCCCUCUCCCUUUAUUAUCCGAUCCCCUUGAUAGCUACCCAGAAGAUGCAUCUUUUUCGGCUAAAGUAAUCGAGUCCAUUAAGUUCUACCAAAGAGAUACCGUGCCGUUUCUCAAAGAAGCUUAGGAUUCAGGCUUAUGAUGAUGAUGAGAAUGAUGUAAGUUGUGGUAUGCAUUGUAAACCAUUACGAAAUGGCUGUUAAUUGUAAAAAUGUCAGUCUUUUGUAUUUACAAGUUGAUAUUUUUCUUAAGACUAUGAAUAAUUCAGUGAGUGAGCUGUAAA